AUGCAACAUUUAAAUCGUAGUCCGCCAUCACCAUUACAACCUUCUGUUAUUAAAAAAGCAAAAUCUCUUGAGAAUACAUGUGAUCGAAACGAAAUGACUGAUAACAAUACAUUAUCACAAAUUAUAAAAGAUACGUUCUCUACUCCUGUAUUCAUCGAACAAUUAUGCAAUUCCUUGGUUAAUUCUGACGUAUUUCUUGAAACGAUUGAAACUAUAGUUGCAUCCGCUUGUAAACAACAGCAAGAGCAAAUUAUUGAAUUAACUGUCGAAUUAGAUAGAACGAAAUCCGAAUUGGUAAAAGUGUCAUCCCACAUAAAUGAUUUGGAACAGUAUGGUAAACGUAAAGAUCUGCUUAUUUACGGUAUUCCAGUGAAAACGACGAAAACUUAUAUACAACAGUAA